GCCCCGACCGCGCCUCCCUCGACACACAACUCCGACUGUGGUAGUCCCAUCGCCUCUGGUACCGGCGAUGACCCGACACCGCAGCGCUCACGCCGCGUGCCCGAUAUCGCGGGCGCAGCAGCCACAUCAACCCCAGAGGGGACCUUUAGCCAAGAUAGUGUGACAGCCAUUUUGUCGGCAUUACAAAGGUCACAAAACGAAGCCCUACGCGACAUAAUGGAGACCGUAAUGCGAAGUUCAACAUCCACAUCUAACGACGCGACCUUGGCUCGCUGUAAGGCCACGUUUAGCGGAUCACCAACAGAGUCAGUGACCACGUUCAUAGAUAGCAUCGAAAGCUACAUCGACUGCUGUAAGGUGUCGGACGCUAAUACGAUCAAAGGCAUGUCGAUGCUGCUCAGUAAGGACGCCGCAAUCUGGUGGCAAGGAAUCAAGAGCCAAAUUAACAGUUGGACCGAGGCGAAAGACAACUUAAUCAGCGCCUUCGGAGACCGCCGCCCGCCACAUAGAAUAUACGUCGAUAUUUUUAAAAAUCCGCAUCGCGACGAAAAUACCGAUCUGUUUGUGGCUAAAAUACGAUUAUUAUUUUCAAAAUUGCCAAAAGGAGACUUGUCGGAAAAUGCCGAACUAGAUAUAACAUACGGCCUUUUGAAUCCUAAAAUUAAAAAACGGCUCCGCAGAGAAGAAUUCUCGUCUUUCAACGAGCUCCUAAAACUGGCGAGAAGCGUGGAAGACUCCAAUAAAGAAAAGCGUGGUUCUGAUCACGCCACACACGCCCCAUCGCCAGGCCCCCGUAACACAAUCACACAAGUACGUGCCGGCCGCGCUCCCGCGCCGCCGACACGUGUUGCUACGCGCUCCCCGAUCGCCCCGCCGAGUGCCGCCGGCGCUGCGACGCACCGAGCCACGCAGGCCGACGCGACACCGACGACACCAGUCAUCACAUCACCAGCUAGUACAUCCAGUGCUGCGAAGAUGUAUCGUCCGCAGUGUACAUACUGUCGGCGGUACAACCAUACGAGAGACCAAUGUCGUAAGUUGGCAAAUCGAGGUGAGUCCAGCUUAACUAACAUUCCCGCGCAAGUGUGUGAUAAUAGUGAAAUAAAUAAAGAAAGCUUUUAUAGUGUCGAAUUUUCGCAUUCGAAUAAUAACGUACGUUCGCUAAAGUGUUCAAUCGGUGGUGGUCAGUCAAAUAAACAUUUAAACGCUAUUGCAACUAACAGAAUGUCUAAGCAUAUUGCUAAUAAUAAUAAUGAUAAUUAUAGUUUAAGAGCUAGUCAUAAUAAUAAUUUUCAUUGUACUUAUAAUAAUUGUAGUACGACAGCUAGGGUCUCACAAAAAUCACUUCAAGGUGUAAACUAUAAUUCAAAGUAUGUAAAUUGUAUGGAUCCGAGUGAAUAUGUACGUAACUCAAAAAUUUAUAAUUUUCGUAAUUGUAUGGAUCCUAAUGAAUAUGUACGUAACUCAAAAAUAAAUAAUUUUUGUAAUUGUAUGGAUCCUAAUGAAUAUGUACGUAACUCAAAAAUAAAUAAUUUUCGGAAUUUGUCUAAGAAUAAAAAAAAUGUUAAUAGAUUUAAGAAUUAUGGUUAUUGUAAUGAUUGUAUAUGUAGUGGGGACAUUGUAACGUUAGAAGACGGUAGUGAGAGGCCAGUUGCAUGUCGCGAAGUUCGUCCUAUUUUCAAAAUUAAUAUUUUGGGUGUUACUGGUACAGCUUUAAUAGACACCGCCGCGAAACAUUGCAUUGCUGGUCACACGCUGUAUGCUCUCCUUCUACGAAAAGGUCAACCCCUUGUUCCCUCAACGCGUAAGAUCAAGCUUGCUGAUGGCUGUGUGCGGGUCAUGGAAGUUCUUACUACUACUUUAGCGGUGAGUUUAGACCAUAAAAUCAUUAAGAUACCAUUCCUGAUUUUUCCCGAUUCCAAUAAUAAUGAAACACUCCUAGGCAUUGAUUUUAUUACAGCUGCAGGAGUUGUUAUUGAUUUUAAUAAAGAAAUUUGGUAUUUUAGUAAUAAUAAUACUAUUACACAUAAACUACUUUUUGAACCUACUGCAAAACACAUAAGCUGUUCUACUGCGAAUGUUCUUCGUGAUGAUGAAGGAUCCCAACUUCAUCCAGCUGAGCGUAGAGCGCUCGCUGAAGUCCUCGUCAGUCACGAGAAUGUCUUCAAAGGGGGAGGUCCAACUCCAUACGCAGAGCACCGCAUCGAUACAGGUAAUCAUCCACCUAUAGCAGUGCCGCCGUACCGGCUUACACCAGCGAAGAAGGAGUUGAUGCAGCAGGAAAUAAAUAAAAUGCUAGAUGAUGACGUCAUCGAAGCAUGUGAAUCAGCUUGGUGUGCACCGGCAUUGAUGGUGCCGAAGUCGAAUGGUACAAUUCGAUUCUGUGUAGAUUACAGACGCCUUAACGCAGUCACCAAGUCUGACACUUACCCGAUGCCACGCAUCGAUGAGCUCUUACAGUCAACGAAAAGGAAUUGCUAUAUGAGUACAUUAGACCUUCAGUCUUCUUACUGGCAAGUAAGUAUUAGGGAGUCUGACAAAGACAAAACUGCCUUCAUAUCUCCUCUCGGCACCUACCGAUUCAAGAAGAUGCCGUUCGGUCUUAAGAACGCGCCGGCAACUUUUCAACGACUGAUUGACCGACUUCGUUCUUGUGCAGCCCUGAAAGAUGUAACAAUUCUAGCGUACUUAGACGAUAUUUUGGUAAUCUCUGAAGGAUUCCAGAAGCACCUAGAGGACCUAGAGCUGGUGUUGGCACGUCUUGAAGAAUUUAAUCUUCAAGUGAAUCGCGGUAAGUGUGUUUUUGCGAGAGAGAGGGUGAAAUACCUUGGCCACAUCAUAACCCAAAAUGGUAUUUCUACCGAUCCACAAAAGGUGAGUGCAGUUUUAGACAUGAAAGAACCUUCUAAUCUAAAACAUUUACGAACCUUUUUGCAAACUUGCUCAUGGUUUCGAAAAUUUAUCCCAAAUUUUUCUAAAGUGUCCGAGCCUUUGACACGCUUGACAAGAAAAAAUCAAGUAUGGACCUGGGGUUUGGAGCAAUCCCAAGCUUUCAGUGAGCUAAAACGCUUGCUCACUUCAGCACCGAUACUGGUUCAACCUGACUUCAACAGCCCUUUUAUUCUGCGCACAGACGCAAGUAACUUCGCCUUAGGCGCAGUAUUGCUACAGGGAGAAGGUAAGCAGGAAAGGCCGAUUGAAUAUGCCAGUCGACUCUUAAACAAUGCUGAGCGCAACUACUCGACUACAGAACGGGAAGCGCUCGCCGUUGUCUGGGCAGUCGAGCGUUUUCGGGCAUAUCUCGACGGUCAGCCAGUAAUCAUCGGAAGUGAUCAUCAACCACUUCGCUGGCUAUUAUCUUUAAAAUCGCCAACAGGUAGGUUGAUCCGUUGGGCGUUAAAACUCCAGUCCUUUGAUAUCAAGUUCGAAUAUACACCGGGAAAAGCCAACGUUGUUGCAGACACUCUCAGCAGACCAAUCUGUUCGAGUGAGACUCGCAACGAGUGUGGUAUUUGCUCCACUAUAUGUGACUUACCGACUAAGUCGCCAAGCCAAAUAAGACAAGAGCAACUGGCCGAUCCCGAGCUGAUGAAAAUUUUUAAAGAACUUGAAGGUACUGACGAAGUCGCUUCACAGACAUGGUGUGAACGCGGAUACCUCAUGGAUCAAGGUGUUUUAUAUAGGUAUAACCCGGAUUCAGAAAGCGAGUGUCCCCAACUCGUCAUUCCAGCGGAUCAAGUAAUUAAUAUACUUAAGGAACUGCACGACUCUCCGUUAGCAGGCCACCCUGGAAUCGAUCGAACGUACCAAAAGGUAGCGCAAUUAUAUUAUUUUACAGGAAUGCGAAGAAUAAUAGCUGAUUAUGUAACAGCCUGCAUUCACUGCCAACGCUAUAAGGCAUCAAAUGCCAAGCCACCUGGCCUUUACAAACUCCGGUGA